GACAGUCUUCGGGAAAAUGUUUACUAAGUCUAUCAUUCUUCUCAUUGUAUACUAUAUGAUAAUAACAACAUCUGCCCAUGGGCCGCCACGGGAGCGAGACAAUGAAGAUAUUGCGAUGGGGCGGAAGGUAAAAAAAAUGGGUGCAAAGUGGUGCAGCAUGGCGAAGGUAUGCAACCACGAUCGCGUGCCAAUCUGCGGGGUCAGCCACGCCGGGGACAUCAUGGGCUUCCGGGAUCUGUGUGACAUGUUCGAUUAUAAUUGUAUCCGACGACGAAAUUACAAACAAACUGGAUGUCCCGAAGAUAAAUCACUUCUGACAGCAUCUCGCCGACCCACCAACAGUUACUAUGACGAAUAAUAUUUAAUUAAGUCAAAAUUAUCUGUAAUUAA